GUCCAGGGGUUGCCAUAGAAACUUUACAACACACACACACGGGGAAAAUGGAGUCAAGCAAUACAAAUAUUCAAGACGCGGUGACCCGAUUUAAGGAUUACAACGAAUAUUUGGACUCCAAAAUGACAUCGAUGGAUUUGGUUUUCCUCACUAGCAAGGAGGUGGCUCGUAAGCUGGUGGAGCACGGACACAAGGGCACUGUGCUGAGUCGGCGGGAAUUUGAGCAGCAGAAAGCAGCGUCGGCAUCGGCGACCCGCUACCACCGGAACCAGACGACGACGCUGGCGAGCUCCGGAUGUGACAUCCGGGACAACUUCCUCAGGGAGCUGGCUGAGCGUGAGGAAGCCAACAGAACUGGGAAAAUGACAGCAGUCGCUGCUCUUCAUCCGAGACGUGAACGCCGCGGGUCAGGAAGUGUCUGGCUAUUUGGACUACGCCCACAAACUGCAGACGCGGGACUUUGCGCCAUACUUCAGCGGCAGGAAGAAGCUAGUGCCAGGACCCCGGGAUUUAUGUUUGCUCACAGUUACUACAAUUGGACCAAGCAGACGUCAGCUUCCACGGGCAGCGCCAACUACGACGUCAUUUACGAGCAGCCCGACACGCUUCUGUUCAGGAGGAAGACGGACGGCAGCAUCCUCAACGUGGACCCGCGAGUCCAUCCCGGCCAGGACGCGCAAAGGAGCGCGGUGCAGUCGGACCUUUACGAGCAUGUUGCCAUCCUGGACCACUACAUCGCAAGUGCCUGAGAUGUACAUGCACGUACGCACACAUUUGACCUGAGCAGGGGGCAAAGGAAAAUCUCCAGCGGGGAGACAGAUGCGUAUCAGGUUCUCCAUCUGGGCGGAGGCCCGGCAACAUUCCCUUUUUAACUUGCUUAUCAGCGUAAUCAUCACCAACGUGACUUCCACAAUGUCAGAAGUUGUAAUGGGUCCAACUUGCCUUUCAUCUUUUUUGCCCCUUUUAGCUCCGUUUAUCUAUUUUAGUCGCAAUCGGACCCUGGGGAUUGAACUUGUGCGUUUCAUCAAAGCUGCCCCACGAUGCUGCGCUCACACGCAAUGAUGAAGAAUGUUUGUUUUAGGCUUUUUGGAUCAUUUAGUGUCAUCUCGCAAUGUUAUACCAAAAAAAAUAGUUCUUUAAUUUACUCCGUUUUAUUUAGUCAAGUGAUUGAACAAAAUAAAGUAUAUCCAGAUGUAAGUUUUUAAAAAGAUGUGCUCAUAAAAUGUAUUUGGACCCGGA